AGACGGGUACGGAGCAUGGAACGCUUGUCUCAUUGGCUGUCUGCCGGCUCUUCUGAGGGGACAGCACAACACGACGAUGACCUUUUCAUGCCCCGAGGGCGACAGGCCGCCGCCGGGCCAAAACGAAGCCCCGCCGACGGCCCCACCGCCGCGCGGCCGCGAGCAUGAAAACACAGCCGGCGUACUGGCCCGAGGCCUGCAGCCACCUCUGCGAGGAGGCGUCGGCGGCGCCCUCCGCACGCGGGGGCAGCCGCAGCCGCGCCAGCCGCGCCAGUUGCGCCCGCGAGUGCCUGCCCAGCCGCUCGGCCUCAUGCCUCAUCCCUCCGCCAGCGCGGCGCAGGUGGUCGACGGCCUCACCGGGCAAGCGCCACAACUUCAGCAACUCCUCGCGGAGCUCCUCGCUGGGCAGGUUCCGCAGCAGGCCCCGCAGCCUCAGGAGGUUCUCGCGGGGCUCGGAGGGACGGCGGCCCCGCCGGAAGCGACGAGAGGAGGCCCGAUCCAGACCGCCUCGCGUCGUGAAGCAGGUCCGGGGAAAGAGGCCCUGGCUUCUGGGUGCUCACGCUAUCAGUAAUCACGCCACAAGAGCUUGGAUGCCCAUCACCGGCUACGAUUCCCGCUCGUGCCCGCCCCGUCCGGUCGCCAGGGCCUCCGCGUCCCCCUCUCAUGGUGGGAUGGGGCGACGUUCGCCGCCGCCGC